UCAACUCUAAGGAAGUAAAGAUUUACACUAUGCUUCCUUCUAAGUGUUUUAUGGUUUUAGUUCUUAAGUUUAGGUGUUGGUUUACUUUGCAUGAUUUUUUGUUUAUCAUCUGAGAUAGAGAUCCAUUUUUAGCAUGUGGAAGUCCAGUGUCUUCCGUAUCUGUUGAAGUGACCGUUUGUUUCCCAUUGGAUAGUCUUGACACCCUUUUUGAAAAUCAGGUGAUCAUAGAUGUUUAGGUUCAUUUCUGGAGUUUCAAAUUGAUUUCAUAAGUCUAUAUGCUUAUCCUAAUGCCAGUACUAUAUUGUUUGAUGUUAUUGCUUUGUAGUACUUUUUGAAAUCAGGGUGUCUUCCAACUGUAUUUUUUUUCUCUAUUUAGGGCCAACUGCAGUUCCAUAUUAAACUUUUCCAUUUCUACAAAGUGUGAAGUUUUGAUUGGGUUUGCAUUGAAUCUGUACAUCACUUUGAGAUAGAGGAUAUUAGAACAACAAAAAAACAAAAAGGCAUGCUGUAAAAGUUCAGUAAAACCAAGUGCAAUAAGACAAAGUUUGCCUGUAUCAACACAUGUCCUGUCCAGUUUUUUCCAACGUACAACUGCAAUUAAUGAUCUCUAAUUGUGUGAAUAGAUGUGUGUAAUGGAUAGGUAACAGAACAGCUGUCUUCACUGUCUCAUUAGGGAGGCAGAAUGACUGAGUGCUUCCUGCCCCCCACCAGCAGCCCUAGUGAACACCGCAGGGUGGAACAUGGCAGUGGCCUUACCCGAACCCCCAGCUCUGAGGAGAUCAGUCCUACUAAGUUUCCUGGAUUGUACCGCACUGGUGAGCCCUCACCUCCCCAUGACAGCCUCCAUGAGCCUCCGGAUAUAGUGUCUGAUGAUGAGAAAGACCAUGGGAAGAAAAAAGGAAAAUUCAAGAAAAAGGAAAAAAGGACUGAAGGCUAUGCUGCCUUUCAGGAAGAUAGUUCUGGCGAUGAAGCUGAAAGUCCUUCCAAAAUGAAGAGGUCCAAGGGAAUCCAUGUUUUCAAGAAGCCCAGCUUUUCAAAAAAGAAGGAGAAGGAUUUUAAAAUAAAGGAGAAACCCAAAGAGGAGAAACAUAAAGAAGAAAAGCACAAAGAAGAAAAACAUAAAGAGAAGAAGUCAAAAGACUUAACAGCAGCAGAUGUUGUUAAACAGUGGAAGGAAAAGAAGAAAAAGAAGAAGCCAAUUCAGGAGCCAGAGGUGCCUCAGAUUGAUGUUCCAAGUCUCAAACCCAUUUUUGGAAUUCCUUUGGCUGAUGCAGCAGAGAGGACCAUGAUGUAUGACGGCAUUCGACUGCCAGCAGUUUUCCGUGAAUGUAUAGACUAUGUAGAGAAGUAUGGCAUGAAGUGUGAAGGCAUCUACAGAGUUUCAGGAAUUAAGUCAAAGGUGGAUGAGCUGAAAGCAGCCUAUGACAGAGAGGAGUCUCCAAACUUAGAAGAAUAUGAGCCUAAUACUGUAGCCAGCUUACUGAAGCAGUAUUUGCGAGACCUGCCAGAGAAUCUGCUUACCAAAGAGCUUAUACCCCGCUUUGAAGAGGCUUGUGGGAGGAGCACAGAGAAUGAGAAAGUGCAGGAACUUCAGCGCCUAUUGAAGGAACUGCCAGAAUGUAACUAUCUUCUGAUUUCCUGGCUGAUCGUGCACAUGGACCAUGUUAUCUCAAAGGAACUGGAAACAAAAAUGAAUAUACAGAACAUUUCUAUAGUGCUCAGCCCAACGGUUCAGAUUAGCAACCGUGUUCUGUAUGUGUUUUUCACACAUGUGCAAGAGCUCUUCGGAAAUGUGAUUCUAAAGCAAGUGACAAAACCUCUCCGAUGGUCUAACAUGGCCACCAUGCCCACACUGCCAGAAACCCAGGAGAACAUCAAGGAGGAGAUCAGGAGACAGGAGUUUCUUUUGAAUUGUUUACAUCGAGAUCUACAGGGUGGGAUAAAGGAUUUAUCUAAAGAAGAAAGAUUAUGGGAAGUACAAAGGAUUUUGACAGCCCUCAAAAGAAAAUUGAGAGAAGCUAAAAGACAAGAGUGUGAAACCAAGAUUGCACAAGAGAUAGCCAGUCUUUCAAAAGAGGAUGUUUCCAAAGAAGAAAUGAAUGAAAAUGAAGAAGUUAUCAAUAUUCUCCUUGCCCAAGAGAAUGAGAUCCUGACUGAACAAGAGGAGCUUUUAGCCAUGGAGCAGUUUCUGCGCCGACAGAUUGCUUCAGAAAAAGAAGAGAUUGAACGUCUUAGAGCUGAGAUUGCUGAAAUCCAGAGUCGUCAGCAGCACGGCCGCAGUGAGACUGAGGAAUACUCCUCUGAGAGUGAGAGUGAGAGUGAAGAUGAAGAGGAGCUUCAGAUCAUCCUGGAAGAUUUACAGAGGCAGAAUGAAGAGCUGGAAAUAAAGAACAAUCAUUUGAACCAAGCGAUUCAUGAAGAGCGAGAGGCCAUCAUUGAACUGCGUGUGCAACUCCGCCUGCUCCAGCUGCAGCGAGCCAAGCCCGAGUCGCAGACCCAGGAUGACGAAGAGCCCGAGAGGCGUGGGGGCACUUCCCAGGUGCCCAGAGACACCACCCCAGAGACAAAAGCAGCUAAAGAGCAGCCAAAGGCAGGCAAGGAGCAGGCCAAGCCCUCCCCAAGCAGAGACAGGAAGGAGACGCCCAUCUGAGCAGCUGGGUCAUGGAAUCCUCCAGACCCAACAAGACCUGUGCAUCUUACUGUAAUACCGAGAGUCAGAGUGCACAACUCUCUGCUGUACAUUCUGUAAAGAUGUCUUUUCUUCUCAGAGACCCUUCCUUCUUUCACACGUAUGACUUCUCCGCGUCAGGCUCAGGUUACACAGGAGGAGAAAGCAAUGGACACAUUGUAGGCUUAUAGGGGACAGAUGAAUUUUCCAGAUAGGAUCAGCUUAUUUGAAGAUUAAUUUUCUUUGUUAACUUAAAAUAACUAUUUUAACCCUUGAGUGGCUUCUUUUUAAACCAAAAAUUGUCUUUCUUUGCUUUUUUUAUUAUGGCAGAAUCAGGAUCUCUUUCUCUUGUUCAGGAGGGGGGGCGGGGGGAGCCAGACAAGGUAAAUACUGUUCUUGCCUUGUGGAUUACCCCGUAGUCUCACCCUCCGGGAUCUCUGCUUACCUAGUCACUCUUGCUUGUGCCUUUUACACCUUUUCGGUGCAGAUUAUAUAAUGGGGAGCUGCCUCAUAUUUCCUGACUGGUCAGAAUGGCUCUUAUUGGGGUUACCUUUACCUGCCCUGUCACUCUCCUUUAAUAGUCCGAAACCACAGUCCAUGAGCCUGAGUCACCAGGAUGGCCUAGUUGGUCACAGAGCUGCCUGUAGAGCCCGCCCACCAGCCCUGGGGCAGUACCACCUCUCUCCUCCAGCUCCUCACUGCUCGUGAUCAGCAAAUGGUUUUCACUGGGUUGGUCGUAAGUGGCCACAUGGGCCCAGUGUAUCCACAAGGAUGUGUCUUGAACCAGAAAUCUAUGACACUGACCUUCCAUUAAAAACAGAAUGACUUAGAUUGCUUGCUUGGGCUAGAAUGUGAACUUCUCUUUGCCUGAAUAAGCCAUAUAUAUGCUCUUACACAACAGUUUUAAAUUAUCCAUAUUGUCUCAGUGAACCUGCUGAUGGAGUCCCAAUGGAUGUGAUUGAGCAAUAGACAGAACUCUCAUGAUAGCUGUGAUCCCCAGCCCUGUUUUCUUGCUUCUGCUACGUCUGUGGUGACCUCAGGCACCUUUGUUCAGUCAUGCUCUGUCCAGUCAGUGGUACCCACGAGGUAGGUCAGCUCUCAUGGCUGUGAAGACAAACCCCACACACUCAAGGUGAUGGAAACACCCCCCCUCCCCAUGGGGACUCUGUCCUCUCCUCCUCCUAGUUAGUAUUUAUUUUCAGCACCUGUUUGAUGCGGUUUUUUAUCCUCUACCUAUUGCACUGUUGUGACUUGUUGGCCAUUAUUUGAUUUUUGUACGAAAAAAAGCUUUGUUAUAGAAAUCAGCAUACUAUUUUUUUAAAUCUGGAGAGAAGAUAUUAUGGUGACUGAAAAUAUGGUCAGGUGUCAAAUAUAAAUGUAUAAAAAUCUUUUUGCUGUCCUGUCGGUCAUAUUAGAUUCAUUUUAUAUUUGCUGGCAAUGUUGAAGUUUCUUUUUGUUUGUGUAAACUCUAAUUUCUAUCAAGGUGUCAUGGAUUUUUAAAAUUAGUAUUUCAUUACAAUUGUCUCGGCGUUGGUUACCUAAUUUUUGCCAGGAUUAUUAUUGAUCAAGCAAAUAAAUUCAACAGCCAUUUGAGGAAAAAAAAAAACAAC